ACCGAGUACCUGCGAAACAAAUAUUUUGGAGCGAAUGCGAAGCUAUCAGACGACACCAUUCCGGAGGAACAACGACGCAGGGCAACUAUUGCAUUCCUACACUACAGCAGGAUCUCGGCUCUUCCAGUCUCCAGAUGGCGACAAUUCGUCCUCGAAGCGCCAACACAAAAACCCCCUUUGAAAUCCACCGGGAUGGUCAGAGUGGUGACCACACGACUGAAGGCGGCGAUGAGCAGGGAAUGGAGGAAUCGCGUGGUGAGGGCGACGAAGAGGAUGCACUAGAUGAGAACUACGACUCGGAUGAGAGCGACACCAUCGUAGACCCUGUAGUACGUGAGGAUAUGACCAAGUUCCAAGAAACAUUCACUGGAAUCAAGGAGCGAUUCCGACUCAUCAAUCGCAUUGGGGAGGGUAUGUUGGUAUCCAAUGUUAUAUCCACGUGCACUAACGCGAUUUAGGUACCUUCUCUACUGUGUACAAAGCAGAGGACCUUAUGUACGACGCAUACCUCAACGACUGGGAUCUGGAAGAAAAAGAGAACAACAAAACCUGGAAAUCACCACCAGUCAAAGGAGGAAAGCAUGACGUGGAUCAGUAUGGAGAGCCCAAGCGACGGUCCAAGUAUGUUGCGAUCAAGAAGAUUUAUGUUACGAGCAGUCCCACGCGAAUCUUGAACGAACUGGAGCUUCUUCAUGACCUGGAAAGAUGCGACUCCGUAUGCCCUCUCAUCACCGCUUUCCGAAACACAGACCAGGUCGUUGCAGUGUUGCCCUAUUUCAGGCAUACAGAUUUCCGCGACUAUUUUAGAAAUAUGCGGAUAUCUGAGGUUCAGACGUAUUUCCGGUCACUGUUCACGGCUCUUGCUGCAGUACACGCAAAGGGUAUUCUUCACCGCGAUAUCAAGCCUACAAAUUUUCUCUAUGAUAUCGAUAAAGAGCGCGGGGUACUGGUUGAUUUUGGGCUGGCUGAGAGAGAGGGAACUGAUUGUAAACCAUGUCUGUGUCAAGACAGAGUCGAGGAACGACGGAGACGUAUACAGAACAGUGUAACCGCGCAGGUGGGACCAUCAAGUGGCUAUCCAAAGCACGAUUCUCGUCCUUCGCGGCGAGCGAACCGAGCUGGCACGCGUGGUUUCAGAGCGCCCGAGGUUCUCCUCAAAUGCACAGAGCAAACCACAAAGAUCGACAUCUGGUCAGCUGGCGUCAUCUUACUCACGAUACUGUCAAAACGUUUUCCAUUCUUCAAUUCGGCAGAUGAUGUGGAGGCAAUGAUUGAAAUCACAACUAUUUUUGGUGUGAAGCGGAUGAAGCAAUGUGCUCAACUGCAUGGCACAGUUUUGGAAACCACCAUUCCUACUAUUGGAUCUCAUGGAUUCACACUCGAAAAAAUUAUCUUAUGGUCUUUGUCAAGAAGCGGUGACGACGCUGAAACCGGUACACCAUUGAGUUCAGGAGAGAAGCUGGCUAUGAGAUUUCUUGAACGGUGCUUUGAGCUCGACCCUAAUAAGCGAAUCAGUGCCCAGGAAGCACUUCAGCACGAUUUCUUGAGAGUAGACGAACCAGAGACUGAAUAUGAUGAUGAUCUGGAUGUUAUCCAAUCCAACCAAUGAUUAUAUUUAAGGCGUUUCCUGGUGGAAUCAUAGCGGAGUUUUAUGAGGGCGGCGUUUUUGAGAAGAGAGGGGUUCUUGUACAUAUUAGUCCAGCUGUUGCUUCUUGCAGUUCUGAGAUACCACUAACACUUUGCAGCGUAC